CAAGGUAUUGGUUGGCUGAUGAGAAAAACGAUCAAUGCAUCGAGCGUGACUCUCAACUUUACCCAAUCUGAAGAACUAGACAGCUCUACAAAUGAGCUAGUUCAAUGCGUCACCAUGCAGCAAGCACUCGUGGGCGGCAUUAAAGGAGCCCCUCAGAAAACCUCGUUAAAUUGGACCGACUCUCGGUACAACGACCCGGUUUUCGGGAGUGGCACUGUUCGCAGCUGUUUUGUUAAGGGUGUCAAAACUUCAUCAGGGAAGGUACAGCCAGAUCUUAUUAACACAGUGGAGUUAAAAGGAGAAAGGGGACCGGGUGAUGAGAAAUUUCUAGCGCAGGGUGUUGUCGUUGAUACUCGAAUUGAAACGACAGAACAGUAUUUGGGGAAGGCCUUUCUCCAAGACUUCCUCCAGAGUACUGAUUAUGGUUGGGCGACGGAACAGCUAUGGGCUCUAGAGGAAGUAGACGGCAAUGUAUGCUUGACUCGCAAGAUUGUGGUUACGAAGGGCGGUUCUACCGAAGUCGCACGCUUGGUUUACAGAUACGCAAGCUGAGAAUGCUG